AUGGCGAGAAGUAAUCCUCUUCCAGAGAGGUACUUCUGCUUUUGCCCACUAGGCUGGUUUUGCAGUUAUCCAGAAGCCAAAAGGCUGGAUAUGUUUUUUCAGAAAAAGCAGCAGAUUGUGAUUUUUAUUGAGAAUAAAUCCAAGGAUGAUGCAGACUGUAACUUGGCACCAAGGACUGAAAGUAAGGGUGCUUCAGAAGAAGAGACUGUAAGUCACAGGAAAAAGAGAAUGAGAGACCAAGGAUCAACAGUAAUAUAUCUUAAGGCUCUCCAGGGUGUGUUUGGGCAAUUGAUAAACCAACAGCCCAGAAGGGCAGCACCUCCAUCAGAUGAAGUUAAGACUGAAAGCCCUGACCAUGGAAAAAAGCCUUGCCAGUUGGGUGGCAAUUCAAGAAGCUUCUGUACAGCUCCAAGGGUUGAAGAAGAUCAGCAUCUCCCACUAGAUUUAGAUGGACAGAAAACUGCCACAGAUGAAAGUAGUUGUGCUAGGUCAGUUGCCAUUUUGAGUGACCCCAGGAAAGAGCCUGUGACUUUCAAGAGGACAGUUAUAGCAGAACCCCCUUCGAAGCUUGUAUUUGUUGAUGAGCCCUCUUCGAGUUCAGAAGAUGGCCUUGAGUUUGAACAGCAAAAAAUGCCAGAGAAGGACCCAUCUGUAGGAAGCGAUUGGUCUGAUGUGGAAGAUGUAGAAUCUUUGGCCAGAUUCUCCCAGGAGGAUUCACUUCCACAGCUUAAUAGUCCAAAAAUUUUGGAGACUUCACGAACUUUAAGUGAUGACUUAACAUAUCCUACUAAUGUGAAUAGUUGCAUGUGGGGUGACUCUGUCGGGCGCUGGACAAGUAGUCCCAAACCACCUGAGUGUUGUGCGUUUUCGAGCCCCAGCCAGGAUACUUCCUGUCUAACUGGCUCAGGUACCAAUUCUCUCUGUGACAUUUCUGUAGAACUUGCAACAAAUGCUUCUUUCAAUGCAUCUGAAGACGCAGAGUCACCAGUUGAAAGUGGACAUUGGAGAUCACGUUCCUAUGAUUCUUCUGUGGUCUGCAGGGAAAGAAGUAGACGAUCUAGGGAGGAAGUGGGAUCCCGUGCUCCCAUUGUCCGUAGAGUCCGACUGUCGGAUUCUUUUAGUAAUGAAUACGUGAACAGGGAAGUGCCUGAUAAGCUGCCUAAAUAUUUGGAGGAGGGCUUUGUUGAUACCCAUUGCCAUCUGGAUAUGCUGUAUUCCAAGCUGUCUUUUAAGGGUACCUUUGCAAAGUUUAGAGGGAUUUACCACAGCUCCUUUCCCAAAGAAUUUCAAGGCUGUAUAACUGACUUCUGUGACCCUCGCACUCUGAGGGACUCUUUGUGGGAGGACUUGUUAAAAGAAGACAUGGUUUGGGGAGCAUUUGGCUGUCAUCCACACUUUGCACGUUACUACACUGAAUUUCACGAAAGAAGCCUCCUACAGGCCAUGCGGCACCCUAAAGCUAUUGCCUUUGGAGAAAUGGGACUGGAUUAUUCUCAUAAGUGUUCUACAGAUGUAUCCACGCAGCACAAAGUAUUUCAAAGGCAGCUACAACUGGCGGUGUCCUUACGGAAACCUUUGGUAAUACAUUGCAGAGAGGCAGAUGAUGAUCUGUUGAAGAUCAUGAAAAAGUUUGUGCCCACUGACUACAAGAUACACAGGCACUGUUUUACUGGCGGUUACAAUGUCUUAGAGCCAUUGCUAAAGCAUUUCCCAAAUCUUUCGGUGGGAUUCACUGCAUUGCUGACCUAUUCAUCUGCUGCUGAAGCAAGAGAGACUGUUAGGAAAAUCCCUUUGAACAGAAUAAUUGUAGAAACAGAUGCUCCAUACUUCCUUCCAAGACAGGUUCCCAAAAGCAUGUGCCAGUAUUCUCACCCAGGACUCGCCUUGCACACCGUGAGAGAGAUCACCCAUCUGAAAGGCCUACCACUCUCCCUCACCCUGGCUAAUUUAAGGCAGAACACAAAGAGUCUCUAUGAUGUCUAGGAAGGCGCUAGUUAAGGUAGAGAAGUCCUAGGUUGGGAAGACUGCUGUUGAACAGGGAGAAACUCUGAAGGCACACUUACAUCACACCCUGUGACUGUGAUCCCAGUGGUGACAGUUAGCCCCUCCUGACUUGUCAUAUCCACCUGCCUCAUAAGAGUUACACAUUUCUAUUUAUCCAUGUCCCUUCACAUCUCCAUUUAAUUUCCUGCUGCCAUACCUCCCCUUGGAUCACACCCCCAGACAAGGUGCCAGUGUCUGUGAGAUCAGUUUUCCUUGAGGUGAAGACAAGGAGAACUAGUGUUGGGAAAUGUGGAAUUUUAUCCAGUUUUAUAGGUAUUGGUCCAUUCAAAGGAGUUAAAUAGCUUGUAACCCCUGAACCAUUCUUGACCUGAAUGAUUCAAGGACAGCUAGAGCCCAAAGGGUGAAUGGGCAUCAACCAUAGCCUCUAAAACCACCUAACUGCUGAGACUGUGCAGUAAAGAGAACAUACUGAAGCAGAGAAUUUGAUGCACAACUGUACCCCGUUCCUUGCACAACACAAUGAAAACGCUGUACACAGUUAAGCUGGUGUUGUUUAGGUAUGGACCCUUCCUUGAAAGGUAUAAUGAAGAGCAUGUGCUAUAGGUACUAAAUAAGCUUUUAAACCUUUUUUAGCAAAAUGUUAUGACUGCUAGAGCUGAUCCACCUAAACAUAAUUUUAUGGCUGCGGUGGGUUUUAAUUUCAGGAGAAACGAAGCUUGGCUAUACAUUACAACAACCCUCUUUAACCUGACUUGUAUUUUGUUUUGUGGAAAUCCAUCCCAAAGGUGGUUCUGUGGGGCUGCGAUCAAACUGUUGUGAAGACAAGUGCCUCUGUGAAAGAAGUGCCAAAAACCUUGAUAAAUACAGUUCUCAAACCAGGUUUUAUUUGUAGAAUUCUUUUUUUUUUUUUUUUUAAACUAUUUCAUAUCUUUGCAUUCAGAAGACUUUUUAACAAGGGGUAGUAACUUUUUUAAUAAUAUUUGGAACUACAGUUGCAACUUUAAAAAAAAAUUAAAUAUUUAAAAAUGUUAAAUAAACAUUUCUAAGAGACUGCAAAAUCAUUAGCAUGGGUCUCUAUAAGCUAAAUGCAUUUGUGUAAAUUGAUUCUGCCUGUUUGCUCAGCCUCCAUUCCAGGCAGGAAUUCCAAACCCAUUUCCGAACCCUGAAAUGAUGGUAUGAAGGCAAGUUCCACUCCACCCCUCUGCUUCACAGAUUUUCCAUUCUGAUGUUAGCAUCGAUUAGGCACUUGCUUCCUGGUUUAUAUGAAGGUUUUGGAAUAUAUAGGGUUUUUUUUAAGUAUUCCUUUUAAAAGUAUUGUUAAAGGCACAUGGUCUCUCUUAAGUCAGCCAACUGAGGGGAAAGAGUUGAGUGGGAAACCAUCCUCCCUACUGCAUGAGAGUAUAUCUCAGUAGUGGGGACUGCCUGCUCCUAGGGCAGCUCUCGCUCAUGAAUGUGCCUGAUGCAUUCAAGAGAGGGACAGUUUAUACCUUUUACACUGUGAAAAUACAAUUUGAUGUUCUCUUUGUAGAACCACUAAGGGCACUAGUUUGUCUCUAAUGAAAAUGACAGCUAGAUUCUCACUAACUUCAAAAAAGGUGUGGGAGGGUGUGAUGCCCUUUGAAACAGAUGCAUCAACAACAGAGUAAAGUGUCUAGGCUAACUGAGGGUGAUUAUUAUGUGCAGCUCCUCAUAUUAAGCUGAUGUGUAUAGCAGAGACUGAAACUUGCAUCUAGUUCUUCACAUAAUCUUAGAACUGGCAAAAAAUUACUGCAGUUUCAAUACUACUUUUAUUUUCUGCUGCAGAAGCAUACACAGGCCUCCUCCCUCCCUUUGUAGAAAAGGUUCAAAUGACUUCCAAACACAUCCUAGAACAUGUGUGAUACAAUCAAGAAAAAAAUAAAAGUAAAAACAACUUAGAAGUCAGGUGGCUGCUGGUUUUCUUUACCAAGUUAUUUAAUCUCUUGCCUCCCUCCCAAAAAGAUCCGUUUUCACCCAAAUGAUUUAAAAAAUGUAAAUUAUUCAGCCCCAGGCAUCUGUUUUUUUAAAAGAAUAUUUUUCAGGUCCACAACUUGAAAGCAGAGUUUUGUUGUAAUACAGUCAUCAUGUGCUGCUGGUGUCCUUCAACUCCUGUCAGUUUUCCACUUGGACUUCUGAAAGGGCAAAGGGCAGAGAUUUAUUUUGGUUUUUAUAUUGUAAUUCCCAGAAAUCCAACCAAGAUCUGGCUUCUGUCAAUGUAGUCUUGUCAGAAGAGGAAGGAGAGGAAGACACUGAUUUGGGUUUGUGUAUGCUUGCUGCUGUGAUAGUGGCAGACUUAUGUAUGUGACUUGGAAGAUAUAGGGCUUGAGAAGGGAUUUGAAGGACAGUAAAAGUAGCUUUUCAGAUCCAUUUAUAGGAGGUGUUGGCAAACAGUGAAAAGACAUUUAUAGUGAGAACAAACAACUGAGUGAUGAAAGCUGGCAUUGUCGGCAGAAUAGGGGGUGAAGAGCCAACACAAUAAGGACGAGUGGAUGAACAGGGAAAGGCAGAAAUAUGAAGGGUCUCAAACACAAAAAUAAGACGACUGAUCUUGAUGUGGUGGUGUAGUCAGCCAAUUUGCCUCCUUUGCAUCCAAAAUUAUUUUGUUUGCCUUUUACUCGUUUAAAAAAAAAAGAUACUGGCUGAAGGCAUAUGGGAAUACUGACUUCUUUCAAAAGUGGCUUGUGAUUCAUUUUUUUUAAGUACUUUCAUAUUUUGGUCCCCAACAUCAGGUUACUUAAAGCCUCCUUACUCAGUUUCUGAAAAAUAGGCUCUUUUACAGGGUUUCAUAGUGGACACCCAAAAUGGCUAUAGUGAAAUCAUAGUGUAAAGCAGAGGUAGGCAAUGUUUUGGCCAGUGCCAAAAAAACUGCAAUGUCUAUCUUGUAAGCGGCCAGAGUGCCAGCAUGCCAGAAAAACAAAGCCGGGGCGGGAGGUACAUGGCAGGACACGCUGCAUAUUAAUAUAGUUAAUGAUUACAAAUGUUGCUUUUUUUUUUUUUUUGCUUUUUACAGUAAAUACCAGGUUUUCUAAAAAUUCCAAACCUGGUGACAAUGAAUAAAAUUUCAUAUACUA